AGUCGUCGCACUUUUCGUGUUUGACGGAAUCAAUUAGCGCGUUUUUUACUGUUAUUUGGUUAUUUUUCUGGAUUCUAUAGUAGAAGGCGAAGAUUUUGUUCUAAACCCGUGGAAGGAUUAGUUGGAUUUUGAAGAUUUUGGAUCGUUUGAAUUUGUCUUGGCUAUUCUUUUGGUUGUAAUUGCAGAGCAUCGAGGAGAACUGAUUUGUUAUAUAUAUAUAUAUAUAUUUUUUAUAUAUAGAAGGAGGAUCCUUUGAGCGAAUUCGAAGAUGGAGAUCGACAAAGCAAUAAGAGAAUGUGGUGAUAGGAGGUUGAAGGCGAAGUACAACAACGCCAUCUAUGUUAUUCAAAGGGCUCUUGCUCUCUACUCUAUUGAAGAGGUUGCCCUCAGCUUCAAUGGUGGAAAAGAUUCUACUGUUCUAUUGCAUCUUCUUAGGGCUGGCUAUUAUUUGCAUAAGGCUGGAACAGAUUUGUCUGAUGGGGAUCCCAAGGAUGACGAAGUAGCCUUUCCUAUAAGGACAAUAUAUUUUGAGAGUUCAUCAGUUUUCCCUGAAAUCAAUUCAUUCACUUACGACACAGCGUCUAUAUACAAGUUGCAGAUGGAUAUCAUUCGUUUAGAUUUCAAAUCUGGCUUGGAAGCUCUUCUAAAAGCCAACCCAAUUAGAGCCAUUUUCCUUGGUGUUCGGAUUGGUGAUCCUACUGCAGUAGGGCAAGAGCAGUUCUCCCCGAGUUCUCCUGGAUGGCCACCAUUCAUGAGAGUGAACCCCAUUUUGGACUGGUCAUACAGGGACAUUUGGGACUUCCUAUUGACUUGCAAGGUUAAAUACUGCAGCCUUUAUGAUCAGGGUUAUACAUCUAUUGGCAGCAUUCACGACACAGUUCCAAAUGCACUGUUGUACCAUAGCAAGACAGAGAACAGUGAAGAAAAAUAUAGACCUGCAUAUCUACUUUGUGAUGGCCGUCUGGAAAGAGCAGGAAGAGUUAAAAAGUGCCAUUCCCCGGCAUUGUCUUCCGUGAGCAAUGGCGUGACUUGUGAGGAUCCCCAGUUGAAAAGUACGUUCACAGCCUCCGUGAUUGCUGUGGGGGAUCAACUCCUGUUUGGCACAGUAGAGGAUCAAAUGGGAUCCAUAUUGUGUAGAAAGCUGCAUUCCAUAGGUUGGGCUGUUUCGCACAUUUCUGUUACUCGAAAUGAUAUUGAUUCUGUUGCUGAUGAAGUUGAGCGUCGGAAAUCUAUAAAUGAUAUGGUAAACUUCUACUUCCCUGGUGCAUUUGACAGAAGGUGCUGCCUGCAACUUCUGGUUUUUAUUUAUGGAGGCGUUGGUCCAUUGCCUUCAGAUGCUACUGUAGCUGGUGUGGCUAAAGCUUUUGGUGUUCGGAUGGCCCCCGAUGAAGAAUUCGAAGAAUGUCUGAGGCAUCUCAUAGGUGAAAGGUGCACUGGAGAGAGGAAUGAGAUGGCUCAGUUGCCCGAGGGAGUUACGGAGUUGCUCCACCACAAGGAACUACGUGUGCCUUUGGUGAAGUGCCAAAAUGUUAUAAUUCUUACGGCGACAAACGUGGCAGAGCUGGAAAAGGAAUGGAAUUGCUUGAUAGAGCUGUCGAGAUCAUCAGCAUCGGACGAGGAGGUUCUAGUAAUUACGAAACCAUUCGUUUCCAAGAGGCUGAGAACAUCUCUUUCUGAUGUAGAAGUUGGUGAACCUCUUUCCCAAGUCUGCAGAAAAUUCCCCGAUCUCUACAUUGGGGCGUAUCGUGAAACAAGAGGAGGAGGUGGGGGUUCGCCUUCUCUCAUCAUUACCUUCCAAGGAAAAGAUGGAGCCAGAAUAGAUGGUGCUGCACAAGCAUUGUCCAACAAAUUUCCUCAAGGGGCAUUUUUGUCAACUACAGAUUGAAUUCUCCAGUCCCCCCGCCCACCAAAACCUACUCCUACUUAUUAAUUCUCAACUACCCUUUUUUUCUUAUUACGAUACAUACAUACACAUACAUACAUAUAUAUCAUUGAUCUUACAGAGAUCGUCAAUUAUAUAUACAGAUAUAGGGGGGGAUCAAAUACUCAUUAACUUUCUUUUAACCCCAUCUUACUUGCUCCAACUUUCCUUCAACCUCCCUUUUUGUUCUUACCACAACAAUAAACCUAACUUCCCUAUCUUCACUUACAUAAUAAUGUGCCAAAAUAGUUGCAUAAUAUAACAUGUAUUCAUAACUCAACAUUCAUAAGCAAAAAAACAAACAAACAAUAUUAUUUUUAAGAAAAAAAAAAAAAUCACAAAACAA